CACCCUCCUCUUCAUCUGGCAGCGGGUUGUUGACCAUGAGCCGCCUCAGCCUCUCGAUGCGGUCCGGGUCCGCCACCCCUUUCAUCGCCUUCAGCCGCUUCUUCUCCACAUUCUCCGGCUUGGCUCUGCCCCGACCGCCCUUAAGGAAGCUCUCGUACGCAGCCACAUUAUUGAAACAUUUGACGUUUGGAAAAGGAACUGAUACAGACGGGGCGUUCUGAUGCUGUUUGGAAAGACUUGGACAUUAGUUGGACGUGCCAGGUCUUGUGUUGUCACCCCCUUGGCUCGUCUUUUUGUCUCCAGCAACAUGGCAAAGAGCAAGUUUGAGUAUGUCCGCAAUUUUGAGACAGAUGACACGUGUCUGAAAAACUGCUACAUAGUUGUGAGACUGGACGGCCGAAAUUUCCAUAGGUUUACAGAGCAGCACAAGUUUACAAAGCCCAAUGAUAACAGAGCGUUGGGCUUGAUGAGCAGGAGUGCACACUCUGUUAUGGAGGAACUCGAGGAUAUUGUCAUUGCUUAUGGUCAAAGUGAUGAGUUCAGCUUUGUUUUCAAGAGGACCUCAACAUGGUUUAAGAGGAGAGCCAGUAAACUCAUGACCCAUGUGGCCUCCCAGUUCUCCUCCUCAUAUGUGUUUUACUGGAAGGAGUUCUUUGGGGAUCAGCCCCUGCUGUACCCUCCAAGCUUUGACGGACGCGUGGUCCUGUAUCCGACCAACCGUAACCUGAAAGAUUACCUCAGCUGGAGGCAAGCAGACUGUCACGUAAAUAAUUUGUACAACACAGUGUUUUGGACAUUAGUACAGAAGGGAGGGCUCACCACAGCUCAGGCAGAGGAUCGUUUAAAGGGAACAUUAGCUGCAGAUAAAAACGAGAUUCUGUUCUCUGAGUUUGAGAUCAACUACAACAAUGAAUCUGCCCUGCACAGGAAAGGCACCACGCUUAUCUGGGAAAAGCGAGAUGAAACGGUCACAAAACGCAUGAAGCGUCCAAAUGAAGAGGAGAAGGAAGUGUCCGUGACUCGCAGCAGGAAGAGGGUGCAGGCUUAUCACUGCGACAUCAUAGGAGAGCAGUUCUGGGAGGAACACACAGACAUUCUGGAGGAUGACGGCUGCUAACAGCUCGUCUCCUGCUGCAGGUGAACAACUCUGAACUUGAGUCCAGAAUGGUUGAAGUGGACCAAAAUAUAAGGAGUGACCCUGUUGCAUUCUUUAACAAGAGCCUUUUCAUAGACUGAAUUUGUACAAUUGCUGUUCUUCAGCUGGAAAAUAAACUGAGACCUCUGCCACAAUCUUUUCUUAGGAAGAGGACAUUUUCUGCCUAAAGGUCCAGUAUGUAACAUAUAGGAGGGUGGAAAUGGAGGUUUACAUCACUUUACAUCACUUUACAUCAGUACAUUAGCAAUUUGGUAAUAAUGUGCUAACAAUUGUGUAAUUGGGGAUGUAAUAUUGUGGUGAUACAAUGUUAUUUCCAGAAUAGAAGAAUAGAAUAUCAACCAUCACUUUUCAUUCGCAAACAGU